AUGGAUUUAUUGCAAAAAGAACAGAAAAAGCUUGAAACGGCUACCGCCUCUUUGAUAGCGUUAAAAGCGGAACUAUUUCGCAAACGGAAUGAUUUUCAAACGCAAUUGUCUUCUACCUCAUCGACGUCGAUCACAUCUCAAACACCAUUAAAAUCGAAAAAUGACGAACAAAUAUCACAAAAAAGAAAAUUAUCUACUUCUAAGGAGCUACUCAGACCUACCACAUCGAUAACACCGACAAUGUCUCGUGAAGAAGAAAUAGCAUUUUCUAAAUCACGAGCUAUUCUUGAAGUUAAAUCGAAAGUCUUUGAUGAAAUGAUGAAAGACGGACAUAUGGUACGCGAUGAUGAUGAUGAUGAUGAUGAUGAUGAUGGUGAUGAUGAUGGUGAAAUGUGUUUAGUGGAUUUUGAACGAAAACUAUACGAGGAUAAUAAUAAUACAACAACAACAGAACAAACAACUAUUUCGCCCACUAGUGACGAUAAAGACGAACAAUCUGAAUCUGGAAUCGAUCGCGCUGAACGUCUACAUCGAGAACAAAUGCGCGAGAAACGGGAACAAGAUAUACAAGCAGCUUGUGAUAAAACACAAUUACAUUAUCAAGAUGUAUUGUUUGACGGAAAAGGGGAACAUGCUGUAGGAUAUUAUCAAUUUUCAAAAGAUGAACAAACACGUGCAGAGCAAAUGAAUACGUUAAACGAAUUGCGAACGAAAACAAAACAAGAUCAAAAAACAAGUUUAUUAGAAAAAGAAAAGCGGCGACAAUUUAUGGCUAACAGACUGAAUAAAAUCCGACAACGAAAAGCAAAAGAACUUGAAAUAACAUCAGAGGACGGUGGAGUAACAGAUGGACAAGCAGAAUCAUCGGACAUUCAGUCGGUUGAAAAAGCUCAAAAUAAAGCGGAAACGAUCACAACAAUAGAUCAAGAAGAACAGAAACAAACAUCAGUUCAACAACUAUCCGAACUACUUUUUCAGCCUCCGCCACCACCUCCAUCAUCUGAAGAAGUAAUACCAUUCGUCGUACAAGCACAUCAUCAACAAGCGCCUAUUUUCUAUCCACAUUCUCUCUCAUCAAUAUUAUGUGAACAACCGCAGUCAGCUGUUAUUUCUGUUCCCGCUUCUACUUGUUCUGCCUCAUCGUGGAUCGAUCAAACUAAAUCGAAAUCAACAGAUGAAGUAUUAAAACCAAUUGAAGAAAAUAAAAUAUCCGUCAUCGAUGACAAACAGGAAGAAGACGACGAAGAACGAAAGAGAACUGAAUUGGCCAAAAAGGCGUUGUUUCCAAGAUCAAAUGGGCCAUCAUUUCCUGAAUUAAUGGAUAAUCUGCGUGGUGAACGAAGACUAGAAUUUGCACCAAUUUAUAAAGAUGAUGAGGAAGAAGGAAAACCAAAAGUAACGACGAAACCAGUUGGAAGUUUGCUGGCAAAACGCAUUAAAUGGGAUGAAAUUAACAAGAAAAAAGACGUUCCGUAUGGGCGAUAUGGCUCAAUGAACAGUAAUAAUAACAAUAACAAUUAUUAUCAGAAUCCAUAUGAACAGUAUUAUAACAAUGCCAAUAAUCAGCAUUAUCAACAACAACAACCGCGACAAACACCACGGUAUCAGAAUCCUCAGCAUACACAAACACAAGAACAAAUACAGUAUUAUCAACAUCAGAUGCAACAACAUCAAGGUCAAAUGCGUCAACAGAUGGAACAAGUUUAUAAUUCUUACCAGGGUGACAAUAACAACAAUGCCAAUAAUCAGUAUUCGUCUUAUCCGUACGGAACCCACGAUCCUUACCUACCCUGGUAUCCAUAUCAACAACAGCAAUCGGAUUUAUCGUCACAAGGGCAGUAUUGGUCAUAA